AAAAUAAAUAAAUUACGAAGUCCAUAGACGUUUUUAUUUAUCUAUUUUGUGCUCGCAAGAAUUUAGAAAAUUCAAUUUAAUCAAUAUCAAAAACAUUUUAACAAAAAAAAAAAAAAAAAUACAUUUGUAUGUGGAGAAAAGGGAAAACUAAUUGCUUUAGUCUGUUUUGUCUAGGGAAAGACGAGAAGAACUUUUAAAUGGAAGAAAAUCGAGAUUCCCCAACAACCUCUAGCCGAAUAACAACGAAAGCUAAAAUUGAGUCCAAUAUGGAUUCAAUGGAAGGAUCUAAAGAUGUUGGGACAUACGAUAAGUAUGCAGUAAGUGAAAAGACCACACCCGAAACUAGACAUCGUUCUGUUGACGACAUCAAGAGGUCUGUUAAUGUCAAGGAUAUACAACGUUCAAACUCAAAUGAUUCUGGAAGUUCGGCUAUACAGGCGUAUCAAGAAAUUGAAACGUUUGUUGCUGCUCUACCCUCAACUUCACAGGUGACAACAACUUCUGAUGGCGUUAGUGAAGACGAUCAGACUCAGUCGCAAAGUCAACAGUGUCAGCUCUUGCAGCAGCAAGACAGUGGUGACACUGAACGCAGUUGUUGGAUAUGUUUUGCUUCAGAUGAAGAUAAUCGUCUAGCAGCCUGGGUUCAACCUUGCAAAUGUCGCGGCUCUACCAAGUGGGUACAUCAGAGCUGUCUCUAUCGUUGGGUAGAUGAAAAACAAAAAGGAAAUGCCCUGCGUACUGUCAGCUGUCAACAAUGUCAAACAGAAUAUAUAAUAGUCUUUCCACACAUGGGAAAAGUGGCCAAUAUUUUGGAAGCCUUUGAUAAUCUAAUAAAACGUGUUAGUCCCUUUUUAGCGGCUGGUAUUUUUGUGGGUUCCCUAUACUGGACCGCUGUUACAUAUGGUGCUGUUACUUUUUUGCAGAUUGUGGGCCACAAAAAAGGUUUGGCUCUUAUGGAGAAUGGUGAUCCGCUUAUUUUACUGAUUGGUCUUCCAGCCAUACCAGUUUUCUUGGUUCUUGGUCGCAUGAUUCGUUGGGAAGAUGCUGUCAUACGCUUGAUUCGUAAUCGUCGUAAUGUUGCUCGUAAAUUACCUCUUAUGAGUUUUAUUAUACCAUAUCCCGAAGAAGAUGAGGAACAAACUGCACAAAAUCCUGCAACUCCUACACUUUCGGAUCCCGUAUCGGCUACAAGAGUUUUUUGCGGUGCUUUACUAUUGCCAACAAUUUCAUCAAUUGUGGGACGUUUGUUAUUCGAAUCAAUUGAGAAUACCUUACAUCGCACAUUAUUAGGUGGUCUAACAUUUAUAACCGUUAAAGGAAUUUUAAAAAUCUACUUGAAACAACAACAAUAUACACGUAAAAAGAAACGUCAUAUAGUCGAUUAUACUGAAGAAAAUGUACGAACUUAUGUUAAUCGUAAUUCGUCAUCAAGAAAUCAAGGAGCUGCUGCCGCAUAUGCAGCCGCUGCAGCAGCAGCUGCCCCUGAAGGCGCUCAACAGCAGCAACAACAACAACAGAACCAGCAGCAGCAGCAACAACAAGCUUAUGUGCCAAGACCAAAUACACGAGAUAGUAUGGUGUAAACAAACAAUUUAUAUAUUUAACAAAAUUACGUUAAUUAAAGGAAAAAAUGGGUAAGAACUAUACAAAAAAAUUUACAUUAAAAAACCAACAUGUUCCGUCGUAUACUAGUAAAUUGUUUUUUACAUAAAUAAUAAUAAUAAAAAAAAAGAAAAAAUUAGAACUCCGUUAAACAUUGAACAAAUGUUGUCAAAAUUUAUUUACUUUAAAUUCCAAUUCUAAAGACACAAUUUUUUCUUAAUAAUAUCAAAUCCAUACUUUCAUAUAAAUUACUAGCACUGCAUCAUACAUUUUAUACUGCAUAAAAAAAACCGAUGUAUCUUCAGGCGAUAAUGUAUGAAAAUACUUAUGCUUAUUAUUGAGUUAUUUCUAUUGUAUUUCAGAAUUUACUAAAUAUAAAAAUUUCGAAAUUUACAUUAGAUAAUUCUACCACAAAUGAUGAAAGUUUUCAAAAUUAUCAUAAGAAGGUAGUUUUGGCAAUGAUCUGAAUAUAGUCCAACAUUUAUUUAUGCAGUUAAUAUAACAUAGCUCAUUUAUCCUUCUUUGCUUUAGCAAAAUUGGUUGAAUUAGCAUAUUGAUGAAACUAUUAUUAUCGGAACACUAUUUACAAAAGGUGAUAAAAUUUUAAUCAACAAUAUUUUUUUUAAAGAUGAUCUUUUUGAAAAAAAUAAGUGCUAACUCUAACAAAACUUUUGCAAUAUAUUUUAAAAGAAUUAAAAAAAAGGCAUAGAAAUCUGUAAAAAUAUUUGUGCAGUUCACAAUUGAUGUCGUAUUGUUGUAGCGUUCUAUGUCAUAAAAAUUUUUCAAAAAACAUUUUUUUGAAAUAAAAAAUCAAUAAUAAAAAAUUACUACAUACUACGAUACAACGGCGAUUGUGAAUUGAACAAUUGUAAUAAUUUGUCUUUUUCUAUGUUACAGAAAUUUUAACUAAAUUUUCAACUAGUUUCUUUCUAAUUUUAAAACUGGUUUUUGUUUUUCCGAAUGGAUUAAGUUGACACAUUGUAAGGAUGUAGUAAUCCUUAUUAAAAAAACUUGGUUUCGAUUUAAAAUUGGAUGCAGAUAUAGUGUUUUAGUUUUAAAAAAAACAUAAUUUUUGAGCCUUAUUUGAGACGUUAUAGCACUAACAUAUCUGUUAUAAAAUGUUAUAUGUCAUAUAAUAGCUCAUUUAUCCAUCCACAUAACUUAUUUAUUCUUCGAGAUAUUUUUACCUAAAGCUUGUUUCAAAAAUAAAGUGACAAAAUCUGAUCUGAUCUUUUAGAAUUAUCUAAAAAUCUGCUGUAAUUCCUAUUAUGUUCAUGGACGGACAGACAGACAGAAAGUGUCGAUUGAUGCAUUCUCAGGUAGUCGUAGAUUCAAAAUUUUCCAAAAUUUCUUUAGAGAGCUUGGUCUUAGGAUUUCGAUAUUUUUUCAAAUUUUGUAGACCUAUAUUAUUUAUGUUUUUAUAUUUAGUUCUUAAAACCUUGUCAUUUCUUGCUCAAGUUAAAUGCAUAUUCAUUGCCGUUUAAACUAGUAAAUAACAUCGGAAACUAAAUUUGACUAAAACCCAAGUUAAAAUUAUGAUCAUGGGCGGGUUUCUUUCUACUCCGUUAAACUAGGCUUAACUUGCUGUUAAAUUAAACUCGGAACAAAUUUAGGCGGAUUUUAACCGAUGAUUGUGUUUUUCAGUUAUGGAUCUAGGAUCAGUUAAUGUUUUCAGUCAAAAACAUAAACAGUGAACACCUGUUUUUUGCAAAUAUCUCUUUUGUAAAAUAAAUUUUUUUGGAAAAAUGUUAAAUAAACAUUUAAAACAACAAUAAAUAAAACUAAAAAUAUUAAGUUUUUGUUCCUAUUCGAUAUCGGAAUGGCAAGAUCCUAAAAAGGAAAACUAUUCAUUCAUUUUACUUAAUAAUGUAUGUGGUAAUUCUGUAUUCAAAUGUUUUUGAACUUGUAUAACAUUGAAAUGCGAAAUAUAAGAAUUUUAAAAUUAUCUAAAAUAUGUCGCAACGACUGAAGAUCAUCGUAUGUGAGAGUGAUGGUGUCUUUAGAUAAAAAUUGUAUAAUUCUAAAAUGAUAUCAAUUACCCUCAACAAAAAGAAGUGUUCUUAAUAACGAGAAUGCAAUCGUUCAUAAGUCGGUUAAUAUAAGUUGUCAUAAAAUGUUGAACUGAUCUGCCAAGUGCUUUAAUAUAGUUGUAUGAAACCAUACAAUCAAAAUAAAUCCAAAAGAUAAAAUUAAUAUACUUUCUUAAUUUAUAUAACAUUUUAAUUAAAACUAUUGAUUUUCAAUAAAUCUAAUUAAAAAUACCAAAAUCAUAAUCAAACAUUAAGCUGCACACUUUAAUUAAUAAACAUAACAUAUGACUUAAACAUUAUUAACAUGCUAAUGGAAAAAAAUCUAAAAAAAAAUUAUUAUAACAUAUUUUCCAUUUUCUUCCAUUUUUCCUUCAUUGAUCUUAUUAAAAAACUAAAUAUUUUCAAUUUCAAA